GUUCGUUGCACCUCCAUCACGAAUUCUACCAUCCAUUCCAACGCGCGUCCCUCCGGCUCGUCAGUUUGCGCAGCCUCCGUCGAAAACUUGUCAUAGAAAAACUCUGUGCUUGAUCAGGGAACCCCGAAAAUCACCGCGCUUAGCAGAUAACCAUCUGUCUUGGCUCAUUCAAAUGUUCUGGUAUUGAGCCAGCUUACACCCCUUUUACCACAUCAUUGUGGCGAUGGAAGUCGACGAGACCGGCCAGCUCGAAGCCUUGCGUCUCCGCGUCUCGACAUUAGAGCGCGAUCUCCAAACUGCGAACGCGGCGAAAGAGGAGGUGGAGCUCGAGCUGGACAGCUUCAGGGAUGAGGUCAAGCAUAUCGAGCACGCUGGUCAUGCGGCACGGAAUCUUGCAUCCUAUGGACACUCGGACGAGAUCAUCUUCGUGCGCCCGGACGACCCUGACCAAGGCACGAUCCAGCGGUUAUCUAAAGGGACGGGGACGAGCGCCUCGGUCUGCCGGCUUAUGGUCCGGUACAACAUUGACCAGUUUCUCCAACGCCCCGUGCUCCAUCAGUGGCUACAAAAUGGCAAACUGUACAGGCAAACAGGCGAACAGCAGUCCUCCCGUUUCGAGCUAUUCUUCGACCUCCUGUUUGUCGGCAUGGUGCACCAGAUAUCCGAGGCAGCAGCGGUGCAGCCUACGGGCUUAGGGUUACUCAAAUACAUUCUCACUUUCGCACCGGCAUACAGCAUCUGGUCUGAUAUGCGUGAUAUCGCGAACCGGUUCUCCAACGACGACGUGGUGCAGAGGGCCUACAUCCUGUGGACCAUGUUGCUGCUCGUGGGGUAUUCGAAUAACGCAAGCGCAAUCGAGAUAAGCUCUGCAGGCCAGAGUGAAGAGAGCAGAUUGGCUAUGCGAUGGACGAUGGGCUUCUAUAUAAUCGCGAAAGCCUCCAAAGUCCUUCUAACGCUCUCGUACUCACUAUUUCUCCCCAUGUCCCGCAUUCCGCUCCAGUUUUCUGUCGUCGACCCGCUUCUCCAAGUCAUCAUCAUUCUGAUCGCCAUCUCUGCCAACGUCUCCAACAGAGGGGUCAUUGCGAUCGUUGCGGUGAGCAUUGUGGCUGAUCAUUUGAUCCGAGUGUUGGCCGUCCUGCUCGACAAGACGAUGGUCGUCCUGGGAAAACGGCAUGACCGAAAACGGCGACUGCAGAGACAGCGCAGUGCGCAGAGGUUGUAUCCUGGGAGCCCGCAAGAGGAGCUAGAGAAGGACUGGACUGGUGAGCUGGAUGCGGACGUAUCCAGGACUAGGAACAGCUCGAUGACAGCGGUCAACGAGGAGGCUCCUUUGGAGGAUAUUCCAGCCUGCCAUUGGGUUGCUGCGAAAGAAGACGUGCGGUUCCCAGCCAUCAACAUCGAACAUCUCGUUGAAAGGCUGGGCGCGUUCGUGACUAUCGUUCUAGGAGAGAUAGUCGUGAGCGUGUUCUUCGCAAGUUCAGCUGCGGCGGGAAUCAACGCCGAGUCUGGUCGAGCAUUUCUAGGACUGAUGAUUGCAUUCAAUCUCAACUGGAUGUACUUCACCUCCCAUGCAAGCAAGCACUUUGUGCAUGCCAUCCGUCGGCACUGGCUCGCUGGAUACACUUUCUCCAUGUUGCAUUUCCCGAUGUGCAUGUCUCUGCUCCUUGCCUCAUCAGCGAUCAACCGCAUGGUCGUGACUGAGUCGUUCACAACCAGCGAGGAGGGUGGACCCGGGCUCAAGUGGUUCUUUGGCGCAGGGCUGGGUGUCGCCGUGUUCACCAUGGCUACAAUCGGGGUGCUGCACAAGAACCUCGACGACCAGGAGGGUCUCCAUCCGCAUCAUGUGCGCAAAGUCCUCAGGACGACCAUCAGUCGGAGGGUCGUGCUUGGCAUGCGUUUCGCGGCGAGCAUUGUGAUGAUGUUGGUGCCGAUCUCCUCGAGCCUGAACUCGAUGCAGUUUCUGGCGAUCUACGUCGGCAUCACCGGGUUUCUGAUCGUGGAAGAGACGAUUGCGAGGAUUGAGAAGCGUGACCAAGCGCUGGAUGAAGAGAUACCCGCGCGCAUAAAUGAUCCGGGCACCAGUGUCUGACCUGGGAGGGACUGUUGCUCAAGCGCUUAUGCCAUGCCAUGCCUGUCCCCGAUUGACCUUUGUCAAUGAAUUAAUAUCUAUUUAUUAUAUGUACUGUCCACUAUAAUCGCGAUGCCGGCGAGAGGCUUAGUUGGAUGUCCUCAAUCAAGUGCGCAAAUGCUCAAAUGUGUCUCCGAAGUGGUCGUCUACCGCUCAUAUCCGGUCCACCCACACCCGUAAUUCGGACGGCGUGUCGGAGGCAACCAUCCCCCGACAUCAUCAUCAGAACAACUAAUCACGCGACAUCAUAUAACUUCAAGCGCCGCCCCCUCGUACUACUAAUAGCGCUAAAUACCCGGCAACUUGAGCUGUCCCCAUUUCCCCGCAAUGAAGGUCGCAGACAGGACAUUCGUGGUAUCAGGCGGGUGCGUGGCCCUGCUGACCCCAUGAACUUCGCAUCCGACACAUAGCACAUGCACACUCAGGUCCUCGGGACUAGGACUCGCCACCGUCCAAGGACUGCUCGCGGCCGAGGCCAAAGCCGUCAUUCUCGACCUCCGUCCGCCCAAGGAGCAGUUCCCGGCCGACCGGGUGCUGUUCAUCACCGCUGAUCUCGCGCAGCACGACGGGCUCGAGCAGGCCGUCGACGAGGCAGCCGCGUGGGCCGCAGCCAACGGGGCGCCGCUCGGCGGGUUGGUGAACUGUGCUGGGAUUGGUGGGAGCGGGGAACCGGUGUGUGUGUGUCCACCGAGGACACGUCGCUCCGUUCUCCGUUUAGCUCAACCGCGGUCGUAGAUCAUCGACGCGAAAGGCAAUCCGCAUUCGAUGACAAACUGGGAACGCGUGAUGGCUGUGAACGUUACCGGAACCUUCAAUCUGUCGCGUCUGGUGCUUCGACACCUGAUACGCGUGCCAGCGGAAAACGGGGACGGGGAGCGCGGCGUCAUCAUCCUCAUUUCCAGCAAUGCUGCGGUGCGUGAUCAUACCAGUCCUCACUUGCUUCGCAGCUGGCUCACAUUGGGCUGCAGUACGAGGGGAUGCCAUCUACGAUUGCUUACGCCGCCUCCAAAGGCGCGAUCCGUUCCCUAGUCCUCCCCAUGGCACGCGACUGCGCCCGUUUUGGCAUCCGCGUCGUCGCAAUCGCGCCUGGCCCCUUCGGGACACCGAUGACGGACCAGUGGACAGAUCGCGUCGCAAGCGGGAUCACGAAUAUGGGUCUGUUGUUUCCCCGGCGGUACGGUGCACCGGAGGAGUUCGCGAAAACGGUCAACUGGGUCUUGGAGUGCGCAUAUAUCAAUGGGGAAAGUAUAAAGAUGACGGGUGGGGGGAGGUUACCAGCGAGGUUGUAAUUGCGGAUUUAUUCUUAGAUAUCUUGGUCAUCAGUGCUAUUUCCUGCACUAGAAUACACACUAUUAAGCGCACCUGCGGUAGAUGAAGACUCUACAGCUUUCCAGGCAGCCGUCCUGCGCCACUCAAGCGAAUGGUCUCUCCAUUCACAUAUGGGCACUCCAGGAUCCAACGCACUGUCUGCCCAAAUUCAGGCGCCUCGCCAAAGCGGGCCGGGUAGACAAUCCCCUGUGUGACCAAGAUCUUGCGCGCCUUGUCCGGGAGCUUAUCCGUCAUACUGCUCCGGAAGGCCCCUGGCGCAAUAGUAACCACCCGAACGGCGUGUCGCGAGAGAUCCCGGGCAAGAGGAAGCGUCAUCGAAUGCAGCGCGCCCUUGGUGGCAGAAUACGCCGUUUGACCGGGUUGCCCUUCGAACUGCCGCAUACAUGCACUCAGUACGUGUGAUUAUCAGCAGAAAGGAAGCGAGAAUCACCGCUGCGGCACUGGAGACCAUCACCACCACGCCGCGUUCUCCAUCUGGCCCGUCCUCGGGCGCGACCUUGAUCAGGUGCCGGAGCGCAAGACGCGUGAGAUUGAACGUCCCGGUCAACUUCACCGCGAGGGUGAAGUCCCAGAGGUCGACCGGAUGGGGCUCGUUGUGCGCGUCGAUGAUCUUCGCGGCGGUCCCGACCCCGGCACAGUUGAUGACCCCGCCCAGCGGAGCACCUACCUCCGACGCCCACGCGACGGUGCUAUCGACGGCAUGCUCGAUCUGCGCGAGGUUGGUGAUGUCUGUCUCGUAGAACUUGAUUUUCGAGGACGAUGGGGAAGAGAGGAGAUGCUCCGGUGGAGUUGAGCGGUCGAGGAUAGAGACGAAGGCGCCUGCCGCAAUGAGAUUCUCGACCGUGGCUAAACCAAGCCCGGAGGAACUGGAUUCGUAGGUAAAUUUAGGGAGAACGUCGAUGGCUGUCGUAGGUACCUACCCUCCGGAGACAAUGAAUGUGCGUUGUGCAAGCUUCAUUAGUCGUGUGCUGGAGUGGCCCGGUGAGAUCUUC